AUGGACACAAAUUCCAUCAAGAUUGCUGUCCGAGUCCGCCCAUGGCACCCCAUCAAAGAACAGCCCUUUGUCACCCAGAUAACUCGGCAGAACAUAUUUCAAGGAGACGGUAAUUUCGCUAUUUCACCUCGAAAACCCAUCACUGGCUCGCUGCGAGAGGUUGUCGAGGUCAUUGACCACCGGGCGCUUGACUUUGACAAGCCUGAACUGGGAUCAGAGACAAAGAGAGGGCAGCCAGGUGCUAAGCGUUACAAAGACAAGAGAUAUGUCUUUGACCAUGUCUUGUCUAUGGAGGCUUCUCAGGAGCAUGUGUACGAUAGAACAACCAGACCCCUGUUAGAUGGAAUUCUGGAUGGAUACAAUGCCACGGUCUUCGCGUACGGGGCUACAGGGUGCGGAAAGACUCAUACGAUCAGCGGGACCGCCGAUGACCCCGGUAUCAUCAUCCGUACCAUGGAGGAUUUAUUCCAACGCAUAAGUGAUUCAUGUGACGUCUUUGACACCGAGAUUGAACUUUCCUUUGUCGAAAUCUACAACGAAACCAUCCGCGAUCUUUUGUCUGAAGAUUAUCCAAAGACGCCCCGGGGUGGACUCCAACUGCUCGAAAACUCAAAAGAACGAGUCACGAUCUCCGGGGUUACGCUGAAGCGGCCUACCUCUGUGGAAGAAGUCAUGGAGUUGGUGCAAGUGGGUAAUGGGCGACGGACCACGCAUUAUACGGAAAGCAAUAGUGUCUCUUCCAGAUCGCAUGCUGUACUGCAAGUCAAUGUGGGUCGCUUUAGCAAGACUCACGAAGUGGACCUAGAGUCUGGGACAGUCCGACAGCUGGCGGCCUCCGCGACACUGUCGAUUAUCGAUCUUGCCGGGAGUGAAAGAGCUUCUGCUACCCGCAACAUGGGAGCGAGGAUGAAAGAAGGAGCUAAUAUCAACAAAUCUCUUCUCGCCCUAUCCUCGUGCAUAUCUUCUCUGUGUCAACGCCCAGUCUCCGGAGUCAAACCUCAUAUCCCUUAUCGUAAUUCCAAACUCACAAGAUUGUUGAAAUUCUCCCUCGGCGGCAACUGUAGGACGGUCAUGGUGGUUUGCGUCUCCCCAUCGAGUAAAGAUAUCGAGGAUACAUUCAAUACUUUGACAUGGGCGAAUCAAGCCAAGAACGUGUCGACCAAGGUGACGAAGAACACAGCCGGUAACCGGGUCAAUGUGGCCCAGUACUUGGUGGCGAUAGCGGAGAAAGACAGUUUGAUCAAAUUGCUCCAGGCCAAAUUACAAGAAGCAGAUCGGAUCCAGUUCAGUAAUCCUAAAUUGGAGGAGGAACUCAAUAAAGCGAAGAGGGAGUUGGACCAGUUGCGACACGAAGCCGAGGCGGCUUUGCCUAUGCUUUUAGCUGGUGCGCAGAAACGAGCGGAGUGGGAUGGAGCCGAGUUACGCAUCUCUGCUCUCAAAAGACGAAUCGGGGAGGUCGAAAGCGAGCCUGGCACGUCUUCUGAUGAAGUGGCACGGCAGAAAACCUUCUUGGAGACGUUGAUGCGAGGCCAAGAGAGGUUGUAUCGUUUCAAUGCUGAGGUGCAGGCGACAGUGGAAAGGGAAUCUACCCAGGAUAGUGCAUUGAAGACUGCGUUUGCGAGGAUGGAAGGGAGGACAUUCAACAUGCCAGAUUUGGGAGCUACGGAGAAGGAUUAUAUCCGACUGAAAGUGGCAUUGCAGCGUCAAGAGAUCGCCGUAGGGGUGGCGGCAGCUCGUGAGAGAGGAUACAGGGAAACGAUAUCACAACAAGCCGAAGCUUUGUCGAAAGCCGCUUGGGACUUGUCUCGUCUCAGAAGCGUAUUGCAAGCUGAGUCAGAUGCGUUGGGUGGUGUAAUAAACGAAACUUCCGAUUCUCAAUUGCAAAACGUCAUGAACCGUCUACAAUCUUUGUUAUCGAUUUGUGAUAAAAGCAUCACAUCCACAUUUGACCAACCAUUCGAAACUUCUCAAUCUCUACCUCCUUUACCCAAAAUUGACCCAUCUCGACGUCUAAGUCAACCCAAACGUUCUACCGUCCCACCUUCACCUAUAUUACGUCGACACAAACCCGUUAUAUCAGUCUUGAAAUCUCCUGCGAAAUCUGUAAAAUCGACUAAAUCACCUCGGAAACCAGCCAUAAGACCUAAAUUAUCACUCCCUCAAGUCAAACCGAAAAAAGGUUUACGAUGGAAAGAUCAAGCUGGUGAAGGUAGUUUGGAAGCUAGUAAGACUUUCCAAGUACCAAGUAGCUCGGAUACCAGUGGAAUUGAUACUUCGAUAGCUUCUGUCGAUUCAGCUUGGGAAGAUAUUCCUCCUGUUUCUCCACAAAACAUGAACUUCAACACGAAACCCAAACCUGCCAUUCUUCCACCUCGUACCUCCCAUCCUUCUCUUUUACCACCACCACCUUCCACCUCUCGAUCAUCGUCCGAUUCAGGAUUACCAGAAUGGAAGAAGAACCGAUUACUUUUAGGUAAAUCUGCAUUUGGUGGGAUUGGUAUAGGAGAAUUAUCGACCCUGAAAGAAGAUGUAGAAGCUCCAUCACCUUCGUCUAUAGUUAAUUCUUCACCUGAAUCCAAUACGAUCUCUAAAAUAUCUCGUUUAGGUCCUCCUAUUCGUCAUUCUAAACCACUCGGAGAACUUCAUCAAAUACCAUCUUCGAAUCAACCUUCUACAUCAUCUCUUUUCCGUCCUACAGCAGCUUCAGCGGCAAAGAUGAAUUCGAAUUUUUCAUUACCUUCAACAGAUGGAAUGCCUAAUAGACGUUCUUCACUAUUACCAACUCUUUCAAUCUCUUCAAACCUUAAUACAAAUCCUAAUCCUAAUUCUAUCUCCAUCCUCAAUUCCAAUUCCAAUCCCAAUUCCAAUACCACUUCUACAUCAUCUGGUCCAAUUCGAACAAGAAGAGAAUCACUAGGUCCAACAAGACAUGAAAGACAUAAAACAAGAAAUAGCGUAUUACCUUAUGCUCCCGGUUCAAACACUUCACUUUCUAUUCCACCUUCAGGUAUAUCUUCUUUGUCAGCAUUAUCAGGUGGUGCACAACGUAUACGACCUGAUAAUCUACCGAACAAUCAUGGAGGACAAUCAUUAAGACGUAUGUCUUCUAUGGGUACCAUAGGAGUUGGUGUUGGGAAUAUACAACUAGGAAAUGUUGGAUUGAGUACAUUACCAAGAGGACCUACACCUGAAAAUCAAACUUUGAAUAGUAAACCUAGUAUUGGGAGAUUGAACAUUGCUAAUGUUUCUUUUGCAGGAUUAGCAGGAGGUGGAGAUCGAGCUCCUUGGAGAUGA